CGACUCAAUUCUUCCUUUUGUUUAUUCACUCACAAUAAAUAAAAUAAAAUAAAACCAAAAAUCAUUUCCUCCUUCUACCAUAACCACUUCUCUCUCUCUCUCCCCCUGAACCCAGUCCAAGUUUUGAGCUCCAUUUUGACCUCUCUUUCUAGAGAGACAGGGCAAGGAGCGAGUACCAGAGUAGAAGCCGGAGUCAGAAAGCAUCUCCCUCUCAACCCCUGAGGUAAUCAUCUUUGAAUUGAAUCAACAGCCAAACGAUGAUGAUGCUGUAAAAUCUCCUCCCUCUGUUUUUUCCUUUUCGUAAUUUUGACUUCUGCUGCUGGAAAGUUGAAAACUUUCCGAGACUUCAUCUCCUUCUUCUUUCUCUCCGUCCCUCCAAUUAUUGUUUGCCGCUACCAAAGUUUCCAACUUUGGGGCAGCAAUUCCAGAUCCCCUUUUACUCACUCAAGGAGCUUGGAAUAAUUAAGCUUUUGUUUAAAGGGGGGAAUCGAGAGGGAACAAUCUUGCCAGGCUUUACCCCCACGUGCCUUCUCUUUGUCUGAUUAUCCACAAUCUCUCCUUCUCAAUCAUGUAAAUAAACGGAAACAGAGACGCUUUGGGUUCCGAUCCAUUUCCAUCCUCCAGGGGGAAUCGAAUCUCUCUGUUUUUUGUGUUUUCACCCCUCCCCAAUAAUGGAUGCGCCGGCGAGGCAGCAGCAGAAGAAGACGAUGACCAAGCAACUCACCGCCAAGCGAGACGACUCGCCGUUUCACGGGGCGGCCAGGGCUGGCAACUUGGACCUGGUCCUGGAAUUAAUCGGGGAAGCCUCCGAUGGGGCGGCCGCGGCGGCGGCGGCGGAGGAGUUGAAGAAGCUGCUUUCGAAGCAGAACCAGUCCGGUGAAACGCCGCUGUACGUCGCCGCCGAGUGCGGCCAUGUCGACAUCGUGAAGGAACUCAUCAAGCACUGCGACACCGGAUUGGCCGGGAUCAAGGCCAGGAACGGCUACGACGCCUUCCAUGUCGCCGCCAAGCAGGGCAAUCUCGAAACAUUGAGGGUUCUGAUGGAGGCGAACCCAGAGCUGGCGAUGACAUUCGAUUCGUCCAAUACGACGGCGCUCCACUCGGCCGCCGCCCAGGGACACGUGGACGUUGUGGAUUUCCUCCUGGAGCGAUGCGGCACCGUGGCGGCGAUCGCCAAGAGCAACGGCAAGACGGCCCUGCACUCCGCGGCGAGAAAUGGGCAUCUGCAGAUAGUGAAGGCGCUUCUGGGUAAAGACCUUGCAAUCGCCACCAGAACUGACAAGAAGGGGCAAACGGCGCUUCACAUGGCGGUUAAAGGACAGAACGCCGAGCUGGUGGAGGAAUUGGUCAUGUCCGAUCCUUCCUUGAUCAACAUGGUCGACGGCAAGGUCAACACCGCCCUCCACAUCGCCGCUCGGAAGGGCCGAACUCAGAUUGUUGUGAAGUUGCUCGAGCAUCAAGGGCUGGACAAGAUCGCGAUUAACAAGUCGGGGGAGACUGCAUUCGACACAGCGGAGAAAACAGGGCACAAAGAACUCGCGGCCGUGAUGGAGAAGAACGGCGUGCUGUCGGCCAAAUCACUGAAGCCCAACGGGAAAACGAACCCAGCUCGAGAGCUGAAGCAAACGGUGAGCGACAUAAAGCACGAGGUGCACAACCAGCUGGAGACGACCCGAAUCACCCGAAAGAAAGUCCAGGGGAUCGCCAAGAGGCUGAACAAGAUGCACACCGAAGGCCUGAACAACGCCAUCACCUCGACCACGGUGGUCGCGGUGCUAAUCGCCACCGUGGCGUUUGCAGCGAUCUUCCAGGUCCCGGGGCAGUACGCCGACGACCCGAACAAGCUCGCCCCCGGCCAGUCCGCUGGACAGGCGCGGAUCGCAUCGAGACCGCCCUUCAUCAUCUUCAUCGUGUUCGACUCCAUCGCGCUCUUCAUCUCCCUGGCCGUCGUGGUGGUCCAGACGUCGAUCGUGGUGAUAGAGAGGAAGGCGAAGAAGCAGCUGAUGACGGUGAUCAACAAGCUCAUGUGGCUCGCCUGCGCGAUGAUCUCUGUUGCCUUCAUUGCGUUGUCAUAUGUCGUGGUCGGGAGCAAGGCGAAGUGGUUGGCGAUUUGGGUGACCGCGAUCGGUACGAUCAUCAUGACCGCGACGAUUGGCACCAUGUGUUACUGGGUGGUGGUGGCGAGGCUGGAGGCUUCGAAGCAGAGGAACAUUAGGAGGUCGUCGUUGAGCAGGUCGAGGUCCGGUUCGAUGUCGAUGAUGCCCGAAUCGGAUCUGGAGACGGAUUAUAAGAAGCUGUACGCUAUUUGAUUGCUUCUCCAUUGUUUGGAGGGUUGAAUCAGUAUUGACGAAUGUAAACCUUGUUACAGAGAGGAGGGUUUGGUGCGGCGGAAGGAGGGUUAAUGUUGUAUAUAUUUGGGGGUAUAUGUGUACGUAACUUAAGUAGCAGCUAUGUAACUAAUUUUGUCAUGGCGCAAAACCCUCUGAUGAACGAACCUAUUACAGAGAAUGAAAAGGAAACGAGCAACUGGUUUUGUUGACAUGAAUGAGUUGGCUUGUGUUGUGGGUUGCCUUAGUUGG